AUGGAUAUAGAAGAAUACAAAAAACUUGCAAAAAAUAAAAUCGAAGCUGAUGCUUUGACUCGACAGGUGAGAGAUGUAAUAAAAAUAACAAAAUGGCAAAAACAAGAUAUGAGAGAAGGUUUUAAAGAGACAUUUAAACCACUUAUUAAAUCUCAAGAUAGCAUUAAAAAAAGUAUAGAUGAGCAACAAAACGCAACUAUAGCACAACUUCAAGCUAAUCAACUUGCUCUUACACAAGGACUUAAUCAAAACAGGAUGGCUAUAACUGAAGGAUUUGAUAAACUUGACGAAGUAAAAAAAUGGGAUUUGGCUCAAUUACCUGGUUUUGAGGCGAUUGAAGACUCACCUAAAGAAGACAAAGAAGAUGAAGAAGACGAAGAAGUUUUACCCUCUACAUCAGAUGAAAAACCAAAAAUAGCAAAAUUCACACCUGAAGACCUAGAUAGAUAUUUAUUGAGUAAAGAAGCACUAGAUAUACUCAAAGAUAAUGAAUACCACAAACUCCCUUCUGAGUAUUUUGAAGAGGAUGUUUCUACUAUUGAUAAAGUAAUCGAAGAUGUUAAUAGUGAUUUAGAAGAAUUUAAUAAAAGAUUAAAAAACACCGCGGAUUUUGUACGAGACGCAAACGGUUAUGUUAUAGCUCAACCAAAAAGUAAAAAACCACGAGAAGAAACAUUAAAUAACAUAAAAAGUUAUGACAUAUUAAGCAUAUUUUCAACAAACUUAAGUAAUCUUAAGUAUUUUAAAACAAAAUCUGGCUCUGGAAUGAUUUACUUUAACAACCCAAAUCAACUUCUUGGCAGACUUGAAUUACUUGGUGGUUCAAUUCUAGCUGGAAAUAAUGGUGUUAUAAAUGAGUUUUCUCAAAUCGCACAUCUUCUCAACCAAAUGAAAGUAAUCUCAAAAAAACAACUGAAUGAUUUACUAAAAAUAGUGGAACCUACGGUUCCCCUAUAACCCCUCCCUCAAAUAUAUAAUCAUUAAAUAAAAAUGGAAGAACGAGCUAUACACAUUUCCUCAAUUAAUAGGGGAAAAAGAGGAACAAGUAGACCUGGUGAUUUUACUAUUAAAUUUAAUCCUUCUUUGAAACUCAACCCUGAAAAGAAACAUCAACUUGCUCUUGAUCGAUUAUCCAUGACUUACUCUUGGUACAACAUUAGAAGUGAUUAUGGAAACAAUAAAAUUAAAUACACUCACGAUGGGACCAAUUGGCAAACAAUUACUUUUGUAGAUGGAAUGUAUUCCUACUCAGAUAUCAAUGAUUACAUUCAUCAAUAUAUGUCUCAAGAGUCUCAUCACUCAACAGAUUCAAGUGGAAAAAAGACUUAUUCAAUCAAUCUAACUUUUAUACUAUCUACCUAUCGAGUGUUAGUAUCACUUGAAGGUGAUUAUCAAGUUGAUCUAAGAGGAACAGAAUUUGGAGACCUGAUUGGAUUUGAAAAGAAACUUAUUACAAAAACAGAGUAUGGAUUAAAACUACCAAAUGUCACAAAUUCGAUUGACGUAUUAAAUAUCAACACAAGCUCAAUAACUGAUAGUAUUGUAAAUGGAAUAAAUACAAAUACCAUAGCUGUGAUACCAACUGAUAAUCUUACAAGGUCUUAUCCAUUUACGUUUGAACCUAAAAGACCAUUGUAUUGUCCUUUAUCAUCGUAUCACAUUGAUGAAAUGAGAGUCUAUGUGACAGACUCACUUGGAAGACCAGUAAAUUUCAACGGUAUAGAUUGGUUUAUGACUUUGAUACUUCACUCGAUGUAAUAAUUUGUAUAACUAUUAAUAUAAAAUGAUGCGACAAUCAGAGUUUAAAAUGAGAUUAGACCCUGAAUUGGGUAGGUACACAAGACAACAUAUUUAUGGAGAAGGAAUGAUGGAUGUGUUUAAAUCGGUUGGUAAAAAAAUAUUUGGAAAGACAAUGAAAAAAGCUGCUAAAAGGGGUGCCCAAAAAGCGGUAACAAUGACUGCAACAAAAACUGGCGAACAUGUAGGUAAAAAGGCUGGUGAUAAAAUAGUGCAAAUGUUAACCAAAGAAAAGGUUGCACCCAAAAAACGUACUAGUACAAAAAAAGUUACUUUUAAUAAAAAUGUUGAAACAAUUCCAAACACUCAACAAGAGAUAAAUCGAAGAGUGAAUGCCAUUCUUAGUGGAGGUUCAACACGUAAGAGAAAAUUAUAUAAUUAUUAAAAUAAAAUGAAGUCUUUUAGAAAUCCAAAAUAUUUAGAAAGAUAUGAAGAUGUUGUUUUUGACCUUGAACAGGCUUUAGCCACGCCUAGAAAUAAUGCUCAUCAAAUUAAAACAGGUCAUAGAUUUGUUGCUGAUAACACAGGAGAAGCUACUCCUUUUGAUUGGUAUAACGCGCGAUUUUCAGUAGAUUUCAAAGUUGAUCAGCUGGCUGCUGGAGCUGAUAUAGAUGCAGAUGGAGAUCAAAUGGGAAUAGUAAAUGGAAGUAAUUCUCUAAUAGAAAAGUUAUCCAUCCUAGCAAAUGGUAGAGAUGUUUACAGUUGCAACUAUGCUAAUCAUGUAGUAAAUAUUAAGAAUUUGCUUGAGUAUAAUCCAUCUUAUGUUGAGAGUGUUGCCACAAAUGAAUUUUACUAUCUUGAUACAACAAGAAAUGCUGAAAGAAAUAGAUUUACAAAAAGGCAAGUAACUCACAGACGGAAUGCAGCUAAUAACGCUGAUGAAGCAGGAUUGAUGAUAGAUGAUGUUGAAGCUAAUUAUAACAACGGUUUUGCAGUAAGAAAAGCACUAUUAGGCGACUCAGCAACUGUACGAUGUGAAAUUCCUCUUAACAGAUAUUCUUUCUUUGAAUCAUUAGAGGACAAACUUCUUCCAAAUACAAAAAUUGAAUUGAAUAUAGAACUAGAAUCGGAUAACAAUCUUAUCUGGCGAACUGGAGGUAAUGCUUGUAGAGUUAUACUAACAAGAUUUCAACUAUUUGUUCUAAGAUUAACAUUUAACUCAGAAGGACAAAAACUAUACAUGGAAAAUUAUCUUAAGCCCUACAAAUGGGUGUAUCUUAAUGAAGUAGUAGAGCGAUCAAAUAACUCUCAACAGCAAACAGGUCAUUUUAGAAUUACAAGUGCUAUCUCAAAACCACGUCAUGUCUUUGUUUUUGGAAUUAACACAGCCAAUAUUGGUUCACAAACAGAAAAUCCAUUCCUGUACAACACUUUUAACCUACCAAACAAUGCUAAAAUAUCUCGCUGUUAUCUCGAGGUUGGAAAUGGAAAUGAGUACCCUGAUAUUCACUUUAAACCAGCUACAGAUCCAGCAAGAGUUUUCAGAGAAGUAAUGUCAUACGUAUAUGCAAAUAAUGACUUUCAAGGUGGAACACUUCUCAAUAGAACAAAUUUUGAGUCUUUGUUCCCGUUUGUUUACUUUGACUUAACAAAACAAAAAUUGGAUAUAAAAGAUGGAGUUACAAAAUUAUCGUUUCAUUACGAACUAUCUGCUAAUCCAAACGCUGAUUAUAAUUUCUACGCUUUAAUACUUCACGAACGAGAGGCAGAAAUAGAACAGCAAGGCGGAAAACUAUUGCUAAGAGCUUAA